AUGCUAAUACUAUUUGACCUCUGAGAUUGGGACAACCUCGCUACAAGGGACAAAAUCAUUGGUCCCAUAGUGUCCCUUGUUACAACAUAUUUUUGUUAUGGAAGGCGUAGGCCAUUUACUUUCUUCCCCUGCCCACCCACACAUUUUAACGACAUAACAUGUUGCCAGCAUUAUUCUGUUUACAGUGGCAGCCUGGAUGACCAAGAGAUUGAAGAAAUAGUGGAAACAGAGGAAGCAUAUGACAUUCUCAAGCGUGGACCAUCCUCCACUACACAAGUGCCACCACAAAGUGACUCCGAAGAGGCUAUGGCAAACUAGGCCAGGGUGGUGCUGAGGAGCCAGCUCACUAUGGCAAACUGGACCACAGUGGCAAGAAGACUGCUACAGUUGCUCCAGCAGUUGGUGAUGCUGAGUAUGGGAAACUAGACAGGACCCAGAUGCAGCCAGAUGAACCAGGUCACUACGGUAAACUGGACCACAGCGGCAAGAAGACGCCUGUUGCUGAUCCUGGCCCCUCUGAAUAUGGGAAACUAGACCGGACCCAGAUGCAGCCAGAUGAACCAGGUCACUACGGUAAACUGGACCACAGCGGCAAGAAGACCAACACACUGCCUGUGGCUGAUCCUGGCUCCUCUGAAUAUGGGAAGCUAGACCGGUCCCAGAUGGAAGAUCCUCUCCACUAUGGCAAACUGGACCAUCCCGGGAAGAGAGGAGCCACUCUACCUGGUGGGGUAGCUCCCACUGACCUGCCAGCUAUGGGAAACUGGACAAUACCCAGAUGCAGGCUAGUGGCAGCUCUGCUAGAGGUGGUGACAUGUACGACACAGUGUCCCAUGAACCUCGUCACAAAGUCCCUUCCUCAAAGUCGAAGAGACAGCACUCUAGCAGUGGUGAGGAGGCCUCUCUACUGUAGUCACAUGUGCGUUCAUCAACAGCACACCACACCACUCUAAACACUCCAAACACUCUUCUAUAUCCCACUUGCUAGACAAAACUCCUUCAGAAACUCUUAGAUGUGCCCCACUUUACACCUCUGUUCCCACAGUGGCACUAGCUCAGCUGUUAACUAUAUAUAAGUGGUAAAGAGAUGACAAUUGUUACUGUCUUACUGUUUUGCAGCAAAUUUAUAUACCACAGUAUCUAGUGAGUUUUUGGAGACGAUAUC